AUGAAAGGCCUCUUCGCCUUGUUCGUCCCGUUACUGGUGACUGCAUCGCCAAUGGUGGUUGACUCCAUCCACAAUGAUGCUGCCCCCAUCCUAUCUUCGGUGAAUGCCAAAGAAAUCCCAGACUCAUAUAUUAUUGUUUUCAAGAAACACGUCAACUCUGCUUCUGUAGCUGCCCAUCAGAGCUGGGUGCAGGAUCUCCACACAACCGCCAUGGCCAAGAGAUCAAACCUCAGCAAACGCAACCAGUUUCCACUCAAGAAUGAUAUCUUCUCUGGUCUAAAACAUACCUACAAUAUUUCUGGCUCGUUCCUAGGGUACUCCGGUAAUUUCGAUGAGGAGGUUGUUGAGCAAAUCCGCCGGCAUCCAGAUGUCGAUUAUAUCGAGAAAGACGCAGAGGUCCACACCAUGGAAGAAGAACCUGAAAUGCAGCAUAAUUCUCCCUGGGGCUUGGCCAGAAUCUCACAUCGAGAAAUGAAUUUUUCAACAUUCAACAAAUACCUGUAUGCCGCUGGAGGUGGUAGUUAUGUCGAUGUCUAUGUCGUUGAUACUGGUACCAAUACCUACCAUGUCGAUUUCGAGAACCGGGCAUCAUGGGGAACGACUAUCCCAACUGGCGAUGGGGAUGAAGAUGGAAACGGCCAUGGAACACAUUGCUCUGGAACAGUCGCAGGCAAGAAGUAUGGUGUUGCCAAGAAUUCCAGCGUCAUCGCCGUCAAAGUUCUCACGUCCAGUGGCUCCGGAACCAUUUCCGAUGUCAUUAAGGGUGUUGAAUAUGUUGCCACAAGCCAUACCAAAAAUGUCGAGGCCGCGAAGGCCGGCAAGAGAAACAAAAAAACCUUCAAGGGUAGCGUUGCCAACAUGAGUUUGGGUGGUUCCAAGUCAUACGCUUUAGAUUACACUGUCAAUGCUGCUGUUGAUACUGGUGUCUACUUCGUUGUCGCUGCUGGCAAUGACAACGCUGAUGCCUGCAAUUACUCCCCCGCAGCUGCUGAGAAGGCCAUUACCGUUGCCGCCUCAACUCUUGCUGACGAGCGUGCUUUCUUCUCCAAUUAUGGCCCGUGCGUUGAUAUGUUUGCCCCGGGACUUAACAUUAUUUCCACCUGGAUCGGCAGCAAUUACGCCGUUAACACAAUUUCUGGUACCUCCAUGGCCUCUCCACACGUUGCUGGGCUAAUGGCCUAUUUCAUUUCUCUCCAACCCAUGUCUACAUCCGCUUUCGCCGUUGACGUUCUCACUCCCGCUUCACUCAAGAACGUCAUUGUCAAAAUUGCCACCAAGGGUAUGCUCAGCAAUGUGCCAAGUGACACUCCUAACGUUCUUGCCUGGAAUGGUGGUGGCUCUUCCAACUAUAGCGACAUCAUUAGAAACGGCGAAUGGAGUCCGAGGACCCUCAAAGAUGAGGUCAAUGACGUCAUUGACAAGUUCGAGAAAGCUACUGAUGAACUCCACGCUAUCUACAGCGAGAUCAAGAACGCUUUCAUCUCUUAA